UCGGACGGCCGUGAGAUGGAGCAGCAGAGGGCUGUCACGGCCUGUCCUGCACGGUACACGAGACUAAACUUGUUUCUGGAGAGGUUAGGAGGUAGAGGUCUCCCAGCUGGUCGGAGACCACCAGCCACGAGCCCUGCUGGCCAAACGCCGCGUGGGAGAAGACUAGCCUCCUGCCACUCUGAGACCUAAGACCUGGGAGAGUAUUGGUCACCUCCAGAAGAAGGCUAUCCUUAGCCCUUCCCUCCGGCCUCUUCAUCCAUAUACUUCCCGACUUCUUCCCUCCGAGAUCGACCCGAGCCAUUCUCGUCUUGAAUUUCCCGCCCACCUUUGCUGUUCCAAUUGAACGAAAAUUCCACGCGCUGCUCGGAAAAUCGAAACUAAAAAUGGCGUCUCCCCACACGGAGGGACUGCAGGGUUUCUCGCAGGCCACGCUGGAGAAGAAGCUUCAGAACCUGAACUCGACUCUACAGAACAUCCAGCUCAUGGCGCAGUGGGCCAUACACUACCGGAAGCACGCCAAGACCAUCACCUCCGUUUGGUACAAAGAGCUUCAAAAAGCUGACUCGAAUCGAAAGCUGACACUGCUCUACCUCGCCAACGACAUUGUCCAGAACAGCAGGAAGAAGGGUACAGAGUUCAAGAUAGAGUUCACCAGGGUUCUCCCACGAGCCUUCCACAUUGUCUCCAAGUCUCGUGCUCCAGUGAUGAAUGUGUGUGUAGUUGAGACUGUGACUGAUUCUCCCCUGCAGAGUGAGAGAAGAGAGUUUGACCAGUCGGUGAGUCGGAUCAUCAACAUCUGGGAGGAGAGGAGCAUCUUUGAGCAAGACACUCUCACCAGACUCAAGGCCCUCCUCGCCUCUCCCAGUCUCAACUCCAGACGAACUCGGAGCGAGUCGGAUAUGAAGCACGCCUCCUCUGCAAUGCCGAAGGCCAAGAAAGAGAGAUCUGUCAGCUCAGACGUUCCCCCGUCAAAUAACGACGACAAACCACCCAACGAUCGCUCCCCUCCUGACGCUGAUGUUUUGCUGCGUCGAAUGCUGGCCAUUGAGGGAGACAAGUCUGCAUGCAACGACGAGGCAAUUAGGGAGAAGAUUGCAGGGUUUCCCCCUGAGAUCAAAGACCAUGAGCUGCUCAGCAAACUCAAAGACAAGGCAGCAGCAGAUGAACUGGAGGCAAAGCUGGUCGAGGCGGAGAAAGUUCUGGGUGACCAUGUGAAACGUCUGCAGGAGGAGAGGAAGGAGAGGAGAGAUCUGCAGGAGCUACUGGAGGUCUUUAUCUGGCAACAGAAACAGCAGCUGAGAGAAUGCAAGAACAAACUCAAACACUACCAGGCGAAGCUGGAGAGGGUGACGGGAGUGAAGGAGGAGCUGACUCUGAAACUGGCCAGGCUCCCAGACCUCUCCAAACUCCCCACCAGUUCCCACGGGUCCCUUGCCCCCCUGCCCUCCGUGGGGGACCUCUUCAACUGACUUACACCCACUCAUUUUCAACUGGCUAUACACACCCUUCAAUCACACCCACCUUUUUCAACUGACCACGCCCCUCUCAAACGAUCCCAUCAAGAUCCUUGACCACACCCACCUAUCUUACUACAUCCUCAGCCACACCCACCUAUCAUUUUCACCUUUUGUUCCACCACACCCUCAAAAAUAUUUUUCACCAUCUCUAUUCUGUAUCAUUCUGUUAUUCGUACACAUGUAUUAUACCAAAACAUACUCUAAAAUCGUUCGUACUGUAUAUAUUAUGGAAUAACCUACUAAACCUUUCGUAC